UCACAUCACUGGGGGUGAGAAAACAAAUAUUAUUGAUAAGAGCAAAGUACCUUAUACGCUAUAAAAUUUGGCUACAUAAUUCUCAACAAAACGAUGCUGCAGAGAUCUUGGACGUUCGUCUUGGUUACUUUUUCGUUCCUGUAUGUGAAUACUGGAGGUUACGACGACAAAACAUUUCGAGCAGCUGUAUAUGAACAUGCUACUGUUCCACCUAACAGAGAAGUCGUGGUAACACGACAGGAGGCGCUAGAGUACAUGACAAAAAACCUGGAGGUCUACAGAAAAGUUACGGAGGAGGCUCGUCUUCAGAGCGUUGACAUAAUUGUGUUUCCAGAGGAUGGACUAACUUACUUGGGUCACUCAAGAAAAUCCAUUCAACCAUAUCUUGAAUACAUACCGGACCCUAAUCGAGAACUAUGGAAUCCAUGUGAGAACCCUAAAAAAUAUCCGAAUACAGAGGUGCAGCACACUCUCAGCUGUCUGGCAAAGAACAACUCUCUAUACAUUGUCGCCAAUAUGGGAGACAUUCAACCCUGUGAUGCUGCAAACGACACUUGCCCGCCAGACCACCAUUACCAAUUCAAUACGGACGUAGUGUACGACAGCUUUGGAACACUUAUCGCCAAGUAUCACAAAAUCAACCUGUACUUUGAAUUUAAUUUCGACCCAUCAACAUCCAAAGAGGCUGUCACGUUCGAAACACCAUUCGGAACCUUUGGUGUGUUCACUUGUUUCGAUAUUCUUUUUUGGAACCCAGUGGUUGUUUUGAUGAAGGAGAGAGGGGUGAGUAACAUUGCAUUUCCCACUGCCUGGAUAGACACUCCUCCAUUUCUUGCGGCAGUCCAGUUCCAUUCUGCGGUAGCUGCUGGUUUUGGAGUUAAUUUUCUAUCAGCCAAUAUGCAUAUUCCUCAAGACCGUUUCUUAGGAAGUGGAAUAUAUUCACCAGAAGGAGCUAGAACCUAUUACUAUAACAACAGUGUUUCGAGUGGCGGGAAGCUACUAGUGUCAGACCUUAACAUUUUGCCUAGAAAAUCGCCUUGGAAUACAAUUUCCUUAAACAAUGGAGAAACGUAUAAUGACCAACUAAACAAUAGUUCUGGAAAUCAAGAAGUGUUUCAAGCUGAAACCUUUGGAGACAUGUUUAAUUACGUCGCUCUUUCAAAGUCAAGUGGAAAAGCUCGAGUCUGUCAUAAUAAACUUUGUUGUACUGCAUCUUAUACUUCACGAGAAAAUAUCACAGAAUUGUAUGCCCUUGGAGCGUUUGAUGGUUUGCAUACAAAACAAGGGACUUUUUAUAUCCAGGUCUGCGGAAUCGUUAGGUGCAAAACCAACAACAAAUCAUCGUGUGGUGAAGGGUCCGUUGUUUCGAACACGUAUUUUACUCAACUCAAGCUUUUUGGUACUUUCAGGUCACCGUACAUAUUUCCAGAAAUUCUUUUAUUCGGCGAUGACACUUAUCAGCUGGCGCCACCAAACAACUGGUCGUACGCCAAUGGGACGUUAGAAGCAAAGAGACUGGAACAGCCGCUGUUGGCAUUCUCACUUUUCUCUCGCGAUUACGACUAUGAUCCGACAAACUCAUCCGCCGGACGAAGAGUUACAAUUAUUACAUUUUCUUUGAUUUUACUAACUUUUCUGUUGAAAUACAUGUAUAAGUAGAUUUCAGUAUGUGACCAAUGCCUUUGGCAACUCACCGUGACUAUGCAAUAAAAUAACUGUUCCAUUGUUAA